CUGACAUUUGUCCCGCCGAACGAUGAUCGCAUUCGAGAUCCUCUGGAGAGGUGGAAAGGUCACCCGAUAUUCAAGUGGUCUGCCUCGGGAACCAUGAUAAGCAGCUUUCCCGUACAGACUCCCUUCUACUCGGCUGGCCAGGGCGCACCCAGCAUCAAAUGUACACCUGGCGCUAUCACACUGCAGAGCGCCAAUUCCCUGAUCGUCCUGGAUGAACGCCACAGCAAGUAUCCUGGACCGCUCCCUGCCCGUGCAAAGGGCAAGAAGAAGGAGGUUCUGCUUUGGAUGACAGGCAAAAUUGAAGAUCUUACGCGGGCGGCCGAGAGCGCAAAGUUGGACUUCCAGACUGAUAUUGACAUCAAGCAGCGGACCGAGGAAAAGCUUGUCUUGUGGAGAAUCAUGAGGGUUUUCGUGGAGCACGACGGCUCAUUGGAUAAUACCCCGAAAGUCGCUGAAGAAGUGCGGAACAUUCUUCUACCGAACAUUGCCGACAUCAAGCAAAGCCUUGAACUAUCGAGUCCUCAAGCAACCACCACUGCGUCAUUGACAAGCCCGUCCUCGGAGAGAGCGGCCAUCAUGGAGAUGCGACAGGCGCUCUUGGAAGGCCAAAGGGAACGUGCUGUGUGGCUGGCAGAGGAGAAGAAGCUUUGGGGUCAUGCAAUGCUUAUCGCCUCGACUAUGGGUCAAGAGACGUGGAAGCAGAUUGUUCAAUCCUUCGUGCGCUCGCAAGUCAAAUCUGUCGGUAGCGAUGCGCGCAGCCUGGCGGCCUUGUACCAGGUGUUUGCUGGUAAUGCGGAGGAAUGUGCUGACGAAUUGGUGCCUUCUUCCGCUCGAGCAGGGUUCCAGAUGAUCUCAAAGGUAGACGGGAGUGUGCAUGGCAAUCCACUCGAAGGCCUCGACCAAUGGCGCGAGACACUUGGCUUGGUUGCGGGAAAUCGCACUCCCAACGAUGGGCAAUCUCUGCUUGCCCUUGGCCGAUUGCUGGCGUCCUACAACCGUGCAGAGGCAGCUCAUACCUGCUAUCUCUUCGCUCGCAGCCUGGUCAAGCACAAUGGCGUCGACGACCCUGAAACCCAUUUCGUGCUGCUCGGUGCUAACCACACUGGGCCGGAGUCAGCUCUCCUUGGUAGUGACCUCGAUUCUAUCGUCCUGACAGAAAUCUACGAGUGGGCAUCGUCUUUGAGUGCGCCUGCCAACGCUGUGCACUAUGCUCCGCAUUUCCAGGCUUUCAAGCUCAUCUACGCCCAGGCACUUGCGUCGCAUGGACUGAAGAGCAAAGCUCAGUCAUAUUGCGAUGGAAUCGGUGCCGCAGUCAAAGCAUCAGCCCGUGGUUCGCCAUAUUAUCACCCUGUUCUCCUACAAUCGGUCGAUGAGUUCAGCGCAUUCCUGUCACAAACACCGCAGAGUGGUGGGCAAGGCUACUUGACCAAGACCGCCAUGAAUAAAUUCUCAUCUGGAGCUGCAAGCUGGAUCACCAAAUCUCUGUUGGGAGAUGACGAACGAGAAUCCGCUGCUGGCAGUGGUGGUCCUGGUGGAGAAGAUAUUAGCGGCCCAUUCGGAAAGGUCAAUGGUGAUUCACCUACAAUCAGCCGUACGGUAUCAAAC